CGACAGCGCGACGCAAUAAUUUUUAACCGCUUGAAUUUUCUGCUGCUGCCAAAAUGAGCGUUAAAGCGGAGUCAAACAAAUCCGACGUGAACAUGGAGCUGCUGGCUCCAGAAACGAUACUAAAAACGGACGAUGCCAGUGCGGAGUCGAAACAGCAGCAAGAGAAAGAAGAAUCGGUGGAAACAGAAGAAUCCCCCUUGAAGGAGGACGAACUCCGGUCGCUGGAAACGCUCCACGAAUCGCCCGUGCAAUGGCCCAAGAGACUUUCGAUGUCCGAUACACCAAUGUACUCACCCAUCGCGGAGCCACUCAGCAUCCUGACUUCUGCGGACAUAGUAAGGAUAAACUGUCUGUCCAAGAUGACGCCGGAUGAAUUGAUGGCGAAGAUCAGGAGAAUGCAUGAUGCCAUCUAUCAACUGGGCCUACUGGAGGCCAAGGAAAUGACGCGUGGCAAGCUGUUGGCAAUCUUCGAUCGCAAUCCCAAGCGUUGCACCUGACCCACCUGAGGAUGG